AUGGCGAGAUUUAUUGCAACAAUAAAAGCAAUAAUAACUCGUCUUGUAUUUGCAUCCCACGGAUUCAUAGCAAUUUGGCAAGUGACAACCUUCAAGAAAAAUCCUCUUUACUGGUACCUCAGCUGUCCAAUUCUUCUCCUCUUCUUCGAGGGCCUCUUCACCCUGACCAUAAAGGAAAAUCAGGAGUGGAAAUGGUUUUGCCCUUCGGUAUUCCUCUACCUUGGAAGCGUAGUCCCCGCGAUAUGGCUCCUGGAGCUGGACAAAUUGGACCGAAUAAUGAGGCCCUCACCUGCGCACAUGAAUAUUUCCAAGACUUUGGACUUAUCCCACUUAGCAGCGAAGGAUCUGGAGCAGUUGGAGCAGCUGUUUGGGGUGAAGAUGCAACUCCCUGACAUCCAGAUCUCCACGGAAACGUGGGUGACUCUGAUUGAGCAGUUUCUGAUGCUGGUGCUGAUAGUGGGUCGGUGGAUGCUCCCCAAGGGCGAUCUGACUCGAGACCAGUUGAGUCAGCUCCUCCUGGUGUACAUCGGCACCGCUGCAGACAUCAUCGAGUUCUUCGACUCCUUCAAGGAGCCCAGUAUCUCCUCAGAGAUGAUGCUGGUGUACCUCACCCUGGGCAUCUGGUCCUGGUCACUGAUACAGUUCACUGUUGUGUUGACAGCCACAAAAUCCAGAAAGUCGAGACUGUCCACGGGCUCUGUCAAGAUGAAGAUGCAGGCAGAGACGAGCUGCUGCAGCAUUGAUGUCUGGGCCAUCGCACUCAACAUGAUUCUUCAGGAUGCGCCGUUCCUCGCAUUUCGCCUCUUGAUAAUCAUCCACUUCAAGAUCGUCAGCUACAUGAACAUAUUCUUCACGUGCAAGAACACCCUGGUGAUUCUUCUGCAACUGUAUCGUCUCUACGUGGUGCAGACGGAGAGGAAAACUCGAAACAGGAAAAGGAGGAGGAGAAUCGACAAGGAACAGCUGCCGAGCAUCAGCAUCGUGUCCAGGGGGGACAUGUACGGAUGCGACAAGUGCAGCAGUGGAAGACGACGUCGGAGGGACGUUGAUGUACCUUCAGAGACGGAUUACUCGUCGGAAGAGGAAAAUCGAUAUGAGCUGGCGCCGAGGAACUUGGAAAAGUCUAAAAGGCGGACGAGGAAUGACACCGGGUACUCCACCUCCAGCUCCAGGAACUCCUCCAAACACGAGAAAUAUCACAAAAGGGAGAUGAAAAGAAGUUCCUCGACUCGGAGAGAGGAAUUUCGAAAGAAUGAAGUGACUUAUGAAGACGAAAAACGACCGUCGAGGGCGGAUAAACACAUAUCGAGAGGCUCCCACAAGAAUUCUAACCCCAGUAAAUCGGCCUUGAAGUCAAAAACGGAGAGGAAGAAACGGAAGGAGAGAGAAAAAUCGGAAUCCAUUGAGGAGGAUCACAGCUCCAAUCAUUCCUUGGAGGAAGGGGAGACUGAGAGCGACAGCACUGGGACGGAAUCAGAGUCUGAACAAAGAUAUCAACGUCGUAAGCGUCGCAGUAGAGAAUGACACCGGAAGGUCGGUGUCUUCAUCCUGUCAAUCAUUUAUUCAGCUAUUCUAUCAGUAUGUAUUCUGUACAUCUACGCAGGGAUCAACGGGGGAAUUAUUUUAGCCUCGAUGACUCGUCAAGAAUCGGAGGUCUGAGUCUAUUUUUUGCAUUGCAUAAUUCCUCGUCCAA